AUGUCACCAUUAAAAAAAGCUUAUAAAUAUUCUGUUGAAUUGAAUGUUAAUGUAGUUGAUGCACCUGGUGCUCGACUAUCAACAAAAGGUGAUAUUUACGUCAAUAUCUGUUUAUUGGAUGUACACAAACGUACACGUUUAAUGCAACCUCAUUUUCCAAUGCAUAUUAAUGAAAAAUUAUAUUUUGAUAAAAUUUUUAAAUCAUGUUAUAAUCCACGAGAUAUUAUUCAACGACUUGAACGUGAACAUAUUCUUUUUGAAUUACUUCAAACUAAUGUUUCAUCACCAGUUAUUUUGGCAACUUAUGAAACAAGUACAAAAGAUUUUCUUUAUCCAUAUUCAUAUGAUCGAGUACAAUAUACAGGAUUACAUCGUUAUAUUCUUCUUAGUCGUACAGUUAAUUUUCCAGGAGCUGCUCCCAGUUUGGAAUUUACUGUCAGUCCAUCUAUUGAUGAUGUUACUGGGAUAGCAAAGAGUAUUAAAACUCGUAAAUAUAUAAAACCUUUGGAUUCAUAUGGAAAAAGUCCGAAACGAUCAAAAUCAAUAACAUGGAAACCAACGUCUACAUAUCCAAAACGAUCUUCAUUGUACGAUCCGACUAAUGUAUCAAGUUCAGUAACAGCACAUACAAUAUCAUCAGCAGUAAAAGGUGAUUAUUCACAACGUCCAACACAAGAAAAAUUACAUGAAUUAGCUGUACCAGGAAGAGUUAGACCUGUUGUUACGAUAGAUAAAACACUCGGACGACAACCAUUUGUCGUACGACAUGUCAAUACGAAUCUGAUUGGUCGUCAACCUCUAUCACAUAUUGUCCUUGAUGAUGGUUUAAUUGUUAAUGAUUAUUCAUUCUCUCGUGAUAAUAGUUUCAUGUCAUUGUAUGGAUUAAAUGAUGGUUGUAAUUGUUCUCGAUCGAUUUCUCCAAUUAAUCGUCGUAGAAGUGGUUCAAGAGGAGCACGAGCUCGGUCAACAUCACUGCCUCGUCGUUCAUUAAGAACAUCUCGUUCUGUUGAUUUUGAACCUCGGGGACGUUCACGAACACCUAUACGACGUGCUAAGUCACGUUCAAGAACAACAUGUUUGUGUAAUAAUUAUGAUUAUGAUUCUCCAUAUACAGGUGGUGAACUUCAUUCGACUGUAGAUUGUGCUAUAUGUCGAUUACAUCGUACUCAUAGUGAACAAAGUCGAAGAGCAAAAUCGUUAGAACAGCAACGUUUUACGACAACUUCAAAACAUAAAUCAUAUGCACCGGCUGUCUACUCCAGUUGUACGUCACCUUAUGUAACAAGUACAACAUUAGUUCGAGAUCCGUUUCGUUAUCGUCAUCGACAAUCGCCAGCAGGCGAACUAAGUGACAAGGUUCUUCAUACUCUUCGACAUAAUCUUGAUUCUUAUAGUGCUCAGCCAUGGCAUAACUAUUAUUCUUCUUUUCGUUAUUCGGAUGGACAUAUUGAUGAUGAUGAAUUACUUGAACGAAGUCGUCGACUCACACAAAAUUAA